UAGUAUUAAUAUGAGCUGAGAUGUUUUACAAAAACUAGGUGCACUAUCUCUGCACGUCAGAAAACACAAGUUUGAAGUACCUAGUCCGGCGUUUAGAGCAACCGGGGAAACGCCAAACCAAAAGAACUGCGAUGCUGCAAAGCAGGAACAAAAACCGAAGUUGCUGCAAAAGCUCAGCAGGCCUGGCAGCAUCCGUGAAGGGAAAAUCAGAGUUAAUGUUUCGGGUCUAAUGACUAUUCCUCAGAACUGUAGGGUUAGACCUGAUUGAUUGCCACCAUCUUUGUUGAGGGAAAUGAUCCGUGCGCACAUGCGAGGUCGCUAACUUUGGUCAGUUUCAGCGGGACGCAUGCGCAGCCUUCCAGGCAGGAUGUGUUUGGGGAGGAUUUGCGUAAAUGAGAUUCAAACCAAGGAAUGUGUUUGUUUCUUCUGGAUUUCUUUCCCAGAAUGUGAAUCAUAACAGCUAAUUUUUUUUCUUGUCAAUACCCAACUUCUUCAGUUUCUUAUAAUGGGUACCAGCGAGCAUUGCCAAAAUCCUUGAUGCCUUUGGAGAAGGAUCUGCUGCUCUGUUCAGUCCCAUGAAGACCCAAGACAGAAAUUCAUCGAAACCCACAUAAUAUUCCCCUGAAUGGACUGCUGAUCCCCACAAAGGGUGAUAUGCAGCAGGGAGAAUGCACAGUCAUCCUGGGCCCAGAGGAGGAGAUGAAAACCGAAAGGACUGCGGAUGCUGUAAUUCAGGAACAAAAACAGAAAUCUGGAAAAACUCAUCAGAUCUGGCAGCAUCUGUAAAGAAAAAAGAUUUUGAACAUUGAAGGAAACAGCGCAAUUCACACUGGGGAGAAACGCAUAUCGUUGUUAUAUGUUCAAUAGUCUAUGAAAAUUCAUCUGACAAAAAUUCAUCUGACAUGCCCAAACGCCAGCGCAGUCACAGGAAGGAGAGACUGUGGAAAUGUGAUGACUGUGGGAUGGGAUGUCUUUACCCGUCCCACCUGGAAAUGCACCAACGCAGUCACACUGGGGAGAAGCCAUUCAUCUGCUCUGAUUGUGGGAUGGGAUUCACUCGGUCAUCCAACCUGCAGACACACCAGCGAGUUCACACUGGGGAGAAACCAUUCACCUGCUCCCUGUGUGGUAUGGGAUUCACUCGGUCAUCCAACCUGCGGAUCCAUCAGCGAAUUCACACUGGGGAGAAACCAUUUACCUGCUCCCAGUGUGGGAUGGGAUUCACUCAGUCAUCCCACCUGCGGUCCCACCAGUGGAUUCACACUGGAGAGAGACCAUUCACCUGUUCUGCUUGUGGGAAGGGAUUUGCCCUGUCAUCCAGCCUACUGAGACAUCAGCAAGUUCACACUGGGGGUAGACUGUUCACUUGCUCCCAGUGUGGGAUGCGAUUCACUCAGUCGUCCAGUCUGCAGAUUCACCAAUGCAGUGACACUGGGGAGAAACAGUUUGCUUGUUCUGAUUGUGAGACGGGAUUCACUUUGUCACCCAAACUGCGGAAACACCAGCAAGUGCACACUGAGAGACCGUUCACCUGUUCUGAAUGUGGGAAAGGAUUCACUCAGUCAUCCAGCCUGCGGAAACACCAGCGAGUUCACACUGGGGUGAGAUUAUUGACUUGCUCUGUGUGUGGAAAGGGAUUCAUUCAGUCAUCCAGCUUACAGAAACACCUGCGAGUUCACGCUGAUGAGAGACCAUUCACCUGUUCUGAAUGUGGGAAAGGAUUUGUGCAGUCAUCCAGCCUGCUGAUCCACCAGCGAGUCCACACAGGGGAGAGACCAUUCACUUGCUCCCGGUGUGGGAUGGGAUUCACUCAGUCAUCCAGCCUGCACAUACACCAGCGAGUUCACACUAGAGAGAAACCAUUCACUUGCCCCCUGUGUGGGAGAGGGUUCAGUCGGUCAUCAAACCUCCAAAGACACCAGCGAGUUCACACGGGGGAGAAGCCAUUCACCUGCUCCGAUUGUGGGAAAGGAUUUAACCAGUCAUCCCACUUGCUGAAACACCAGCGAGUUCACAUUGGGGAGUAGCAUUCACUCAGCCAACUCACCUACUGAUGCACCAGCAUGUUCAGACUGGGGAGAGACCAUUCACUUGUUCCAUAAGUGGGAAGGCAUUCACUCUGCAAUCCAAACUGCUAACACAGCAGUGAAAUGAUAUAAGGUGCAUCUGUUGUGUAGAAGGAUUUGUUUUUUGCAAAUACACUAGAAAAUUCACGAAGACCCCCAGGUGAAGGGUUCUGCUUUUACUUACAGCAGGCAGUGAACCAUCAUUAUUGGACCAUUUGUAUUGAUAUUAUUAAAACCUUGCUCUAUUUAAAGUUCCGAUAUUGUCAGUAAAAUGUUGAUACAAUUGUGUAUCUGUAUGGUAAGUUUUGAAAAUGAUCACAAUAUCGCUAUGCAUCAACAUAUUUAUACUGAGUAAAGACUGUCCACCUGUAUAGAUUAGAUUAGAUAGCUUCCCUACAGUGUGGAAACAGGCCCUUUGGCCCAACAAGUCCACACCAUGGUCCAUCCACCUAACCUGCACAUCUUUGGACUGUGGGAGGAAACCGGAGCACCCGGAGGAAACCCACGCAGACACGGGGAGAAUGUGCAAACUCCACACAGACAGUCACCUGAGGUGGGAAUUGAACCCGGGUCCCUGUUGCUGUGAGGCUGCAGUGCUAACCACUGAGCCAUCAUGCCGCCCUUUGUUUGUAAAAUGAAUUAGUGGUUCAUCAAGCCUGCUUAAACAGCAAUGAGUUCUCCAGUGAUUGUCAGUUUUGAGUUUUGAUGAUGUUGCCUGUAUCCAGACACCAUUUCCUGGGCCUAUUUCUGAUGAUGUUUGUGAACACCACUGGUUCAUUGACUUAUUUGGGAUAAAGAUACACAAAUCAGCUUUUCAUUAAAACUACAUUGCAUCAGAUCUGCCUCAUUCUGAGUGCCAUAGAGAUAAGGUAACCAUGCGUAGCCUUCAUGUGAGCAGUUGGAAAAAGGCACAUCCAGAGUGUGAUAUAGCUUGUAAUGGUAGAAAUUUUGUUACAAGUGCUAUGAGGCAUGGUGUAACCUAACUUGGCAAUGGGAGGUAAUCCAGAGAGAAUGUCCAAAAGGGUAAGAAAGGAAAGAAUCAACAAGUGACUAAGUAAGACAUCAACAUUACAGGCCGGUUAAAGUACAAGGGAAUUUGACAUGGUUGAAAGCCAUUGAUUUUAAUGCUAUUAGUUCAACGACGAGGUAGAUGAGUUUAGAAUACAAAUUAAAACAGGAGAGCAUGAUGACAUGGCUGUCACUGAGACAUGUUUGAGAGAACGGCAGAAUUGGAGGCUCGAUACUUUAGUAUACAAGGUCUUCAUGUGAGGAAGCGGAGGUGGUGUCACAGUUAUGCUCAGGGAAUUUAUUACAACUUGGAAUAUUCCUUUAAAUAAACCCAUAUGGGUAGAACUAGCAGAGCAAGUAAGGAGGCAAAUUUCAGGGAAGUGUAAAAGUAAUAGGUUCAUGAUAGUGGGGAAUUUCAACUUUCUCAACAUUAACUCUAACUCUGGUUAUCAUAGUGUGAAACGUUUAGAAGAACUGGAUAUGAGUUUGCUCGCUGAGCUGG